AGGAAACAAUUUAAUUUUGAAUAUCGACAUCUGGUUCAAAUCGAAAAUUAUAUCAACUAAAUUGGUGCAGUGAAACAAUAUCGUGGUGGAGAAAAUUGCCAAAACUAUGUGCACCAGUCGAAUUUGUGAUUGAAAAUUUGUUCAAUUUUUAGUGAGUGUGUGUGUGUGGGUUAGUGUGCCCCGAGCAAUAAGUGAAACCACAAAUAGUAAAAUGUAAAUUAACUAUGACUCAAUUCAGUUGCAGUGUUUCAUGUGUGGCAAUGCCAUUGUGUAAUGUUCAAUCAAUAAACAAAGUUGUGUUUUAAGCUCAAAGAGAAAAAAAACCGCCAAGAUGUCUACAUGGCUUGAAAUGCUACCAAACUAUAGAAAUUAUUCGUCAAGUUGUAUUUCAUCGCAUAAACUGGCUGUGAUCAGCCGUUGUAGCGAUUGGUAAAAAGUGAUCGAUUUUUUCAUUUCGAAUAGAAUUUUUGCAGAAAUAAUAUAUUGGUGCGAAAGAAAGCCGUGCGUUGCAGUAGUUUGCACGAAAAUGAACAUUUGUAGCAUCACAUUGGGUGCUAACUAAAUGAACGUAGCUGUUCAAAACGUUUUCAAUAUUGACGAUAAAAAUGCCGUUAAACACAGUCGAAAUUGGAUCUAAAAUCAAACGAUUGGAACAUUAACUCAGUACGGUUGGUUUUUUCUAUAGCAACAAUUUUCGUCAACGACAGAAAAAAUGUUUCGAAUCGAAGAUUACAAACUUUUGCGAGCCUGGAUUCUGUCUGCCCUAGUUGUUCAACAUGGUGCGGUUGCGGGAAAUCCCGAUGCAAAGCGGUUAUACGACGAUUUAUUGAGCAAUUACAAUAAAUUAGUACGACCUGUUGUGAAUACGUCGGAUGUUCUGAAAGUUUGCAUCAAAUUGAAACUAUCGCAGUUAAUCGAUGUGAAUUUGAAGAAUCAGAUCAUGACGACCAAUCUCUGGGUGGAGCAGUCAUGGUUUGAUUAUAAAUUACGAUGGGACCCAAAAGAAUAUGGAGGCGUUCAAAUGUUGCAUGUACCAUCGGACCACAUCUGGCGACCCGACAUUGUGCUUUACAACAAUGCUGAUGGAAACUUCGAGGUGACACUAGCAACCAAGGCAACUAUAUAUUCUCAAGGUUUAGUUGAAUGGAAACCUCCUGCCAUAUACAAAUCAUCUUGUGAAAUAGAUGUAGAAUAUUUUCCAUUUGAUGAACAAACGUGUCAAAUGAAAUUUGGGUCUUGGACAUAUGAUGGUUGUAUGGUCGAUUUACGACACAUGGAUGAAAAAUCUGGCAGUAAUGUCGUAGAUGUAGGUGUAGACUUGUCAGAAUUUUAUAUGUCAGUGGAGUGGGACAUCUUGGAGGUGCCGGCUGUGAGAAAUGAAAAAUUCUACACAUGCUGUGACGAACCCUAUUUGGAUAUUACAUUCAAUAUAACGAUGCGAAGGAAAACACUUUUUUAUACUGUAAAUAUAAUCAUUCCGUGUAUGGGAAUAUCAUUUCUGACAGUGCUGACAUUUUAUUUGCCAUCCGACAGCGGUGAGAAGGUGACACUAUCUAUAUCAAUUCUUAUUAGUCUUCACGUGUUUUUCCUGCUCGUUGUUGAAAUAAUUCCGCCAACAUCAUUAGUUGUGCCACUACUGGGGAAAUAUUUGAUAUUUGCCAUGAUUUUAGUAUCGAUAAGCAUAUGCGUUACAGUAGUUAUACUGAAUGUUCACUUUCGCUCGCCCCAAACACACCGAAUGGCACCGUGGGUGAAACGAGUAUUUAUUCAAUUUCUACCAAAACUAUUAUUUAUCAAACGACCACAGUAUAAUUUCGAAACUAGUAAAAAGCAGCUAAAAGAUUCACACGCCUGCUUUUAUCCAUACUACUCAUCAACCCACUUAGAUAGAAGUCCACGGUAUAGUAGGACGGCAUCAAAAGAAGACCUAUCACCAACCAGUUUGACUGGAACGGGACCGUUUGGUGGUAGCUGUCAAAUACAUGGUCCAAUACCAUUAACACAAUCGGAAUCAGAAGAUUUGUCUAAUUUACCAGACGAUAAUGGGUGUGACGGCAUUAAAAGCCCCAUUAUCAAUAAUCCAGCGUUUUCGCACCAACAUUGUCCUCCCGAAAUACAUAGAAGCUGUUUCUGUGUACGUUUUAUAGCCGAACAUACAAAACUGCAGGAGGAUUCGACAAAGGUCAAAGAAGACUGGAAGUAUGUGGCAAUGGUACUAGACCGUUUGUUCCUGUGGAUAUUUACACUGGCCGUGCUAGCUGGAACAGCCGGCAUCAUUUUACAGGCACCAACACUAUACGACGAUCGUAUGCCCAUCGAUAAACGAUUUUCGGAAUUUGCAACGUCAACAGUCGACCGAUGUCCACCACAAUAGCAAUCCAAGUUUGGUGUAAAUGUUUUGUUUCCAUUUUUAUGCGGUAUUGGAAUGAGUGCCUGUUUUAUAAUGUCGAAGGUGAAUCACUACUGGGACGAUUAUUUUAAAUUAAUAAAAAAUGUAACAAAUAAGUUCAAUACUAUGAGGACGAAGGGAAAGCUUGAAAUACUUGCGGUAGCGAUAUAUACACACAACACAUACAGACCACAGACCCACUCACACACCCACACAACGUAUAGUCGUAAGUGGAAAAUUAUUAUGAUGAAACUAAACAUGAAAAAAAGCUCUCGAAAAUUUUUAUUUUUAUUAUGAAUUACAUUUUAAGGGAACGCAUCGCUGAAUUUAAAGAGAUUUUAUCUGAGAUUUGUUUUGCUUGCGCAGUCAUUUUGUGAAGUUGUGUGUUGCGGAUAUAAUGUGGAUGGGAAUAGUCAUCAUAAAAUAAAAAAUAUUGUAUCCAUUAUGCUGGGGAACCUAAAGAGAUAACUUUGGCGUUUUGAACAUUUUUAUUUAAAUUUUAUUUCGCUUCGAAAUGUUUACUCGCGGAUACCACUCAAACUCCAAAAUAUGUACACACUUAUGCCAUUAAAUUACGCACAGGGUAAAUCAGUUCGGUUUUUGCUUCUUUGUUUUGUCAUUGUUUUUUCAUUCAAAUUGCUUUUUUAUCUGCGAUUCAGAAACCGAAACGCUGCAUUUAUUUAAAAAAAAAAGAUCGAAUGAUU